AUGGGAUCUUGUGGCUGGGAAAAUAGUGCUUCCGAUUUGAUCGCGGCUCUCAACCAUAUUCAGAUGAACAAUGGCGCCAAUCCGAACAACAACCCCAACUGCGGUCGCCAUAUCUUGAUCGACGGUCCCGAUGGUCAAGUUAAAGUUGAAAUUGUCGAUACUUGCCCUGGAUGUGAAAGCGGCAGUGUUGAUUUGAGUCCCGCCGCAUUCACCCACAUUGCUUCCUUGGGUGAUGGUCGAGUUCCCAUCAAAUGGAAAUGGGUUGAUUAA